ACCGCAGUCAAAGCCGUUUAAUUUAUUGCGACACCGCAACAAAGUAACAAUGAGUGAUUUCAACAUUUCUUUUAAUUUAUUUGGAGUAUAUGACAACUUCGAUGACUGGGAUGCAGCAGAAGAAAAGGAAAUUAAUAAGAGGAAAAGAAAGCAACGGCACAAGGAGUUAACACCGGGAGAAUUAAAUCAAAUAGAAGAUGACAAAGAUGAGAUCAACACCAAAAAAACAACAAAAUGGGCAGUUAAUAUACUGACAGACUUUCUUGAACAAAAACGAAUGGACUCCAACUUGGUAAACUACACCGCUGAUGCUCUUAAUGAGACUCUGCGGGAGUUUUAUGCCGCUGUCCAGUCCACCAAGACAGGAGGGGAGUACAGCAUAGCCAGCCUAAGGAGUCUGAGAGCCGGUAUUAAACGUUAUAUAGUUGGCUUCAAUAUUAUAACUGACACCAGAUUCAGGACCAGCAAUGCCGUGUUUACAUCCGUAAUUAAACGGUACAGGAAAAGUGGUAAAGAUACUAGCCUCCACCAUCCCCGUAUCUCCGAGUCGGACCUCAAACGUAUUAGAUCUUCAACUGCACUGUCUCCUGAUUCGCCCGUCGGCCUGGUCAGAAAAGUGUGGUUCGACAUCCAAAUAUGUUUGGCUCGGCGUGGCAGGGAGGGAACCCGGGAGCUAUCCAUGUCAUCUUUCAUCCUACAGAGAGACGAGGAUGGGGUGGAAUAUGUCAGCCUGGCGCACAAUCCCCAAAGCAAGAAUCACAAAGACCCGAAUGAACUUGAAAAGGAAAACCUACGAGGGUUUAUGUUUGCCAGGCCUGAGGAUCCGCUGUGUCCGGUGGAAAGUUUCAAGAAAUAUAUUGCGAAAUGUCCAUCAGAUGCCAAAUCGUUCUACCUCCACCCAAAGCGCACCCUGUCCUCCGGCGUGUGGUACACCCGGGAGCCGAUGGGUGUCCACUACCUCGGGAACAUGUUAAAAAGAAUCAGCGAAGAGGUGGGUCUUUCGCAGAUCUACACAAACCACAGCCUCCGAAGCACCGCUGUAGGUCGGCUCUCAGACGCCGGCCUGGAGAGUGGUCAAAUAAUUCCGGUGACAGGCCAUCGAUGCGAGAGCAGCCUUCGUGCUUACUGGGCUCCGUCAGUGCAGGAGAGACGAGAAUGGAGCCACGUCUUGUCAUCAAGUGUCCCGAGAAACAGUGCCCCUGCUGUCCAACACCCUCCUUCACAGGCCGCUAUGCCGGACUUGCCUGUAACGCUGUCAAAUUGCACCAUAAAUGGAAACGUCGAAUUUAAUUUUAAAUAAAACAGCUGAACAGGCUAAUUAAUUGUCAAUAGGGCUUGGGUGUCAUGAAGUAAUUACUUUGCGUGACCGCCAUGUUGAUGGCCUCCUUUACCGCUACCUGCCGCUGGAACUUCAUAUGGAUCCAAAUUAUUAAUAAUGCUGAUUUUGUCAGCAUUAUUAUCACCAUACCGGUCCCUGGCAUCUCUAUUUAAUGUGUCCCGGUAAAUUCCAGAUCCUUUUCGGGAUUUUAACAUAUUUUUUCUAGCUAUUCUUUCUCAACUCUACUGCUACUUCUCUUCGUUCAACAACGUUAUGUCAGAGUUAUGUUAACCACGUUUUCGUAGCCAUCAACAUGGCCGCCACGUCCCACAAUGCAACGCGGAUCCCACGCCCUAUUAAUUGUUUGCAUGUUUCUUUUAAAUAAAAACUACCUAUGGUACCUAUGCCUACAUCCAGUCGGCAUGAAAAAUGGCAUGAAUUAUGGUUGCAAGCCUCAUGAAAGUCGUAGU